AUGGGGUUCUUGAAGAAGAAAAAGGUAGAAGACUCCCCCGAAUGGUCCGUCGACGACGCCAUCGUAAAAAAUAGAGAUGGCAGUGCCAGCGGUGAUUCGUGAGUUUAAACUAUUGCUUCAAGCUCCGCUCUCAAAUUUCUAAAGUUAUACUAUUUAUUUAGAAAAGACAGCAAAGAAAAAGAGCCACCUGCACCGAAAGUGUCAAUAUUCCAAUUAGUGAGCUCGGAUCAAUAUAUUAUUUUGAUCAUCACUUUAAUAUUUUUCAGUUUCGGUACACUAGUGGUUUUGACAAGCUUUUGCUCUUGAUAGGUGCGAUUGUUUCGUGUGGAACCGGUAUUGGACUUCCUAUGAUGUCCAUUAUCAUGGUUUGUUUUUGACAGACUUACAAUUAAAGACGUUGAACUUUUCAGGGAAAUGUCUCGCAAAAUUUCAUCGUCCUCACUAAUCAGUACGCCAUAGCUCAAAUGACACGUAGGAUUUUCCCCAAAACAAGUCAUGAAUAAAUUGAAGUUUAAAAAAAGUAGACCAAAAUUUACGAAAAGAAAUGAGAAUGAGUAAAUUUGUAAUUCAGAAUGAAAAAAAUGAUUUUCUUUACUGUAUGUCAAGAUUGCGCAAGGUGUUUGCAACUGAACGUUUUGAAUCUUCCGCGCAAUUUCAUCCUCUCCUCUUUUUCUUUUGUUCGAAAUAUUUUCAGCUAGAGAUUAUUGUUUUUGUUAUUUUCCACUUUUUUGAAAAGUUUUUUGUCCUGGAAAGUUUUUUUCCCCAUCUCUUUGGUAUAGUGAGUUACUUCAAUAGAACAAUUACUUUUUUGAGAUUUGAUUUCUAUGAGAAUUAGACACAUAAAUAUUACAAUACUUUAAAAUUUUAGAUAACGCUACCCUUGAAAAACAAGCUGAGGAUCAAUUCUCCCAUGACGUCAUUCAGAACUGUCUCAAGUAUGUCUAUCUGGGAUGUGGAGUCUUCCUUGCCGCCAUGAUUCAAGUGGGAAGAAAAUAUUUAUCCUUUUUAUCGGUUUUUUUUUCAGGCUACUUGUUUCUUGACGAUUUGCGAGAACUUGGUCAACCGUCUGAGGCGCGAGUUUUUCAGGUCUAUUCUGCGACAGGAUAUAACCUGGUACGACAAAAACACGUCUGGUACUUUGGCCACGAAACUUUUCGAGUGAGUUUAGGAAUACAAAAUUGAAUAAACAUCAUCUAAUAAUCGAUUCUGCUGUUUCAGCAAUCUCGAAAGAGUGAAAGAAGGAACUGGAGACAAAUUAGGCUUGAUGAUUCAGUUCGUGGCUCAGUUUUUCGGUGGCUUCAUUGUCGCUUUCACUUAUGACUGGAAACUUACUUUGAUUAUGAUGUCACUGGCGCCUUUCAUGAUUAUCUGUGGAGCUUUCAUUGCCAAAGUAAUUCGGGAAAUUAGUGUUAGAAGGGAGAAUGGCCCGGAUUUCAGCUGAUGGCCAGUGCCUCAACCGAAGAAGCGAAGAAGUACGCCGUGGCCGGAGGCCUGGCAGAAGAGGUUCUGACCUCCAUGAGAACAGUUAUUGCUUUCAACGGCCAGAAAUAUGAAUGCAACAGGUUUCAACUUUUUCAUUGUAAAGCGACUAGAAAUCAUUGAUUAAGGUAUGAUGAAGCAUUGCAAGAUGGAAAAGUGACGGGAAUCAAGAAAUCGAUAUACAUUGGGAUGGGCCUUGCUUUGACCUUCCUCAUCAUGUUCUCCUCGUACUGCUUGGCCUUCUGGGUUGGCACCAACUUCGUCGCCGACGGAUCCAUGGAUGGCGGCACCGUCAUGACUGUUUGAUCUGAUUUCCGAAUUUUGCAAGAGUUAUGGGUUCCUAGGUUUUCUUCUCGGUGAUGAUGGGUUCGAUGGCUUUGGGACAAGCAGGACCUCAGUUCGCGGUUCUUGGGACUGCCUUGGGCUCCGCCGCCACACUCUACGAAAUUAUUGAUCGGGUAUUUGCCUUCACUCCCUUAAAAUAUUCAACCGUUUUUAAUUUUUAGGAGCCGGAAAUUGACGCUUAUUCGCAGUUGGGUUCUAAGCCUGAAACCCUCAAAGGCAAGAUAACGGUGAAAAAUCUCCGGUUCAAUUAUCCAACUAGGCCAGAUGUCCCUAUUCUGAAGGUAGGAAUCAACAGAGUAAUGUUAUGAAAUUUCGAUUUGAGGGUCUAUCUUUCACGGCAAAUCCCGGAGAAACGAUCGCUUUGGUCGGCGCCAGCGGCUGCGGCAAAAGUACUAUUAUUCAGCUUUUGCUGCGUUAUUAUAACCCGGAAAGUGGAGAGGUUGAUCAUACAAAAAAUUAUGAAGGAAUGAUCAUAUUUUGUACAGAUCAUGAUAGAUGAUCAUCACAUCCAAGACAUCAACAUCGAGUUUCUGCGUAAUUUUGUGGGCGUCGUUUCUCAAGAGCCAAAUCUCUUCAACACCACAAUCGAGCAGGUUUAAGAGAAAAAAAAAUCCGAUUUCAAAAAUAAUCUCGAAGUUUCAGAACAUUCGAUACGGUCGCGAAGACGUCACCGAACAGGAAAUCACAGCAGCAUUGAGGAAAGCUAACGCCUACAAUUUUGUACAAAACUUCCCAUUGGUACUCUAAUUUUUUUGCCGUUAACUUGAAUGGCCUUUUAGGGGAUCAAAACGUUGGUUGGUGACCGAGGAGCGCAAAUGUCGGGAGGCCAAAAGCAGAGAAUCGCCAUCGCUCGAGCCCUGGUCAGAAAUCCGAAAGUUCUGCUUCUGGACGAAGCGACGAGUGCCCUGGACGCGGAAAGUGAACACGUCGUGCAGCAGGCUCUCGAAAAUGUUGGAUUGUUCGGAAAGUUACUAUAAAUAAAUGGAGUUUCAGGCUUCGAAGGGACGUACAACGAUAGUCAUUGCCCAUCGUCUUUCUACUGUUCGCAACGCAGACAAGAUCAUUGCCAUGAAGGCUGGCGAGGUCAGAGAAGAGCAUUUUUUGAAGGAAACAGCUGGGAAGUCCGAACCAGUACAUAGAAAAAGAGAAUAACUAAACAUAAAAAGAACAUGAACGUCUCUGAUGUGGAGCGCCACAACUCUUUCUCUGACACACACUACUAGAUAACGACGAAAUAGUGUGUGUCAGAGAAAGAGUUGUGGCGCCCAUUUGGCGCUCCAAUUCAGAGAUAAAGAAAAAUAAAUUAUAAUGAUGUAGAUUUUUGUCAGGGUAAAAGAUGAAUAGGAGUAUUGGCCGGUUUAAAACCAGGAAAAUAAAAUUAGAUUAGUUUUCGGAUUUCAGAGGGAUCCGAAAAUCAAUAGGCAUAACCUAGCAUUCUUUUCACUUUGAUAUGAAGAUAACUAAACAGUAAAAUUCUCAAUUCUUGAACAUUUUUCAGGUAGUUGAAGUUGGAACUCACGACGAGCUCAUCGCAAAGAAGGGAUUGUACCACGAACUGGUCAACGCUCAGGUCUUUGCCGAUGUUGAUGAUCCAAGUAGGUUCUCGCUACUAGAUUCUAAAACUUGAAAAAUUCGUAUCGUCGGUACAAUUCUCAAGUUCAGGUGGCCUUCAAAGAAGCACUUCCGUUGCUUCAAGACAACUAUCGCGUCAAGCCUCCGAUAGAGAAACAGUUCGUAUGAAUUUACAAGAGCUGAUUUCAGAACUACGUUUCAGAAGAUGAAGACCCAGUCUUCGGUUGUCGCCAAAACAACCCAAGGAGAAAAUGACGCCAAAAAGCCAGAGCAAGACUUGGAACGCCUCAAGAAAGGUUCUCUUUUGUGGAAUCAUUUUCAAACAGUUUCAUCGCAGAACUGGAAGAGGAAGGGGCGGUCCGCGCCAAUUUGUUCCGCAUUCUGAAGUACGCGAAGCCGGAAUGGAUGUACAUCGUGAUCGCCGUCAUUUCCUCCAUCAUCCAAGGAUGCGUCUUCCCUGCCUUCUCUCUCUUCUUCUCCCAAAUCAUCGAUGUCAGAUCUUCUGUCUCUUCAAAUUAUUAUCUUAUGUUUUCAGGUGUUCUCGCAAACAGAUGUGAACAAACUGAGAACCGACGGCCAUUUCUGGGCGUUGAUGUUCCUCGUUUUGGCAGGAGUCGAAGCGAUCACCAUGUUGGUCCAGGUUGAAGCCUCGAAAGAGUUACAAAAAAAAAGGUUUUUUUUUUCCAGUGUUUCUUCUUCGGUUUGGCCUCGGAAAACUUGACGAUGAGACUUAGAUCGAAGGUUUGUUUUUGCUCAAAGAUUAUUUGAGCUUCAAUUAGACACCUGAAUUGCAAAAAAAAAAACAACUCUGGCAUAUUACAGGUCUAUCGAAACAUUCUGCGCCAAGAUGCGACGUACUUCGACUCGCCAAAGCACUCGCCCGGAAAGAUCACAACUCGCUUGGCCACUGAUGCACCGAAUGUCAAGUACGUCUCUGAUAGUUUUUGGACUAUCCAGCUGCUCGCAGGUCUGCCAUCGACUACCGCUUCGGCUCCGUCUUCAACUCGAUCGUCUCCGUCUGCUGUGGAAUUGGAAUCGCUUUCUACUUCGGAUGGCAAAUGGCUCUUCUGGUUUUUUUCAAAAGCGAGACUUGAAAAAAGAUGAUUUUAGACAAUCGCCAUCUUCCCGUUGGCUGGCGUUGGUCAAGCCAUUCAGAUGAAGUUUUUCUCGGGCAGAGCUUCAGCGGAUGCGAAAGAAAUGGAGAACAGUGGAAAGGUUUGCCGAAAGGAAGUUUGAACAGAGAAACACGGAAAACGGUUGGAGAUUGCGAUGGAAGCUAUAGAGAACAUCCGAACUGUGCAAGCGCUGACUCUGCAGCAGCGGCUCUACGAUCAGUUCUGCUCUCACCUCGACGGUCCUCACAGAACCAACCGCUCAAAGGCCCUGAUCCAGGUUGUUUUCGCCGUCUCUCCAAAGGAUGAAACGAGAGUUUUCAGGGAGUGUCCUACGGAUUCGCCUCUUCUAUCUUUUACUUCCUGUACGCCUCAGCCUUCAGAUUCGGGCUCUUCCUCAUUCUUUCUCCCAAUGUCCGAAUGGAACCUAUUCGUGUUCUUCGGUAGGUUCUUUUUAUAUCCUAGAGACCGAAUCUGAGGUUUUCUUUUAGCUACUGUUAACUAAUGGAAACAAAUUGAAGAUCGUAAGUUCAAAAAAUCUGAAAUCUCAGGAGUGUUUUGGAUUGGAAGUUCCUAUAUUCUCUAGAAAGCCUCGAACGGCUAAAUUAUCAAUCCUCGAAAAAAUAAACUAUUAGGCUUUUUGCGAAACUAGCAUGAACUCCAUAUUAAUAACAUUCAAAAUCUUUAUUUCCAUUGUGUUUCAGUGUCUUGUUCGCGAUUUCUUUCACUUCGGGCAGCAUGGGAUUCGCAAGUGCCUAUUUCCCUGAGUACAUCAAGGCGACUUUCGCUGCCGGCCUCAUCUUCAAAAUGCUCGAAGACGAGCCGCUCAUCGACGGCAUGAGUGACAACGGACAGAAGCCGGCCAUCUCCGGGGAGGUCAAACUCAAUGCUGUCUAUUUCAAGUACCCCGAACGGCCCGAUGUGCCUAUUCUGCAAGGUUUGGACGUUCAUGUAAGUUUAAGGUUCUGGAAAAGAAGAAAGUCCUCUCAUAUUUCAGGUCCGCCCCGGAGAGACUCUCGCUUUGGUGGGACCUAGUGGAUGCGGCAAAUCGACGGUCAUUUCCUUGCUCGAACGCCUCUACGAUCCGAUGGAUGGAGAAGUGGUAAGUCUGUAAAUCUUUUGGCUCUUAGUAGUAGUAGAUUCGCAUUAACCACGGUUCAAGAUAGAUUUUUCAACUCUCGUUUCUAUAGUGAACACGAAAUAGCGGCAGCCAGUUAAGCUUUGAAAAAAUUGUCAAAGUUUUUUUCAGAUGGUGGAUAACAACAAUCUUCGAUUCGUCAACCCAACUCAUCUGCGAAGUCACAUUGCGUUGGUCUCCCAGGAGCCGAUUCUCUUCGACACGUCGAUCCAUGACAACAUCAUCUACGGCCUCAAGCCCGACGAGUACACCGAACAAGAUAUCGUCGAAGCCGCCCAGAAGGCCAACAUCCACGAGUUCGUGAACAGCCUGCCUGACGUCAGUUUGAAGCCAUCGAAGCUGUGACGAUUCAUCGGUUCAGGGUUACAACACGAGGGUCGGAGAGAAAGGAACUCAGCUUUCUGGUGGUCAGAAACAGCGAAUUGCGAUUGCUCGCGCCCUCAUUCGCAAUCCGAAAAUAUUGUUACUCGAUGAGGCGACCAGCGCCUUGGAUACUGAGAGCGAGAAGGUGAGGAUGAACAGACGAAAAUUCUUUUUUUCACAUUGAUCCAAUUCGUUUUAUAAUUUAUUCACCGCAAUUUUACGCCACUGUUCAAUUUCGCAUAAGUUUGCGCAAAAAUGUUCGAAAAAAGUGGAAUAAUGUGACUCAGCUGGUACAAGACGCUCUGGAUGCAGCCUCCCAAGGAAGAACUUGCAUUGUGGUCGCACAUCGGCUGUCUACCGUAGUCAACGCCAAUUGCAUCAUGGUCGUCAAAGACGGCAAAGUCGUUGAGCAAGGUUUGAACUGGCUCAGCGUGUUUCAAAUUGAAAGAAAACUAUCAGAGAAUAAAACGUUUGCAGGAACUCACACUGAAUUGAUGGCUAAACAUGGCGCCUACUGGGCUCUCACGCAAAAGCAAUCUCUCAAAAAUUGA